CGUCAUGACGCGGUGGUCGGACGCUGUGUUGAUUGCGGAAGUGGUCACGCGCUGUUGUUGUGGCUGCCGCUCUUUGAAGCCUUCAGGCCGGAUCACAAGGCUUCUCCCCGCUGCAUGCGGCCUUCUGGGAGCUCCAGCUUCACGGCUCGGUCAGGAAGCUGACAGGAGUUCCUCAGACCUUCUCCAGAGGAACCGUUUCUGUCUUCAGGUCUUCCAGGUUGAGGUGUCGCCAUGGCGGACCACACCGACGUCAGGCUGCCGCCGGAGGAGCGCGUCCGCGCCCUCACCAAGAAAGGGAGCACGGUGGAGGUAAACGAUGACGUCCCGCCUCGCCGGUACUUCCGCUCGGGCAUGGAGAUGAUCCGCAUGGCCAACAUCUACACGGAGGAGGGGAACGUGGAGCACGCCUUCGUCCUGUACAACAAAUACAUCACGCUCUUCAUCGAAAAGCUUCCGAAGCAUCGGGACUACAAGACGGCCAACAUUCCCGAAAAGAAAGAUACCUUGAAGAAACUGAAGGACGUGGCCUUUCCUCAGGCGGAGAUUCUGAAAAAGGCUCUUCUGAGGAGAUUUGAAGAAGAGCAUGCUCAGUAUCUGAUCAAGAAGAAGGCGCAGGAGGAGGCCAUGGCGCUGGAGCAGUCCAGGCAGCGCGCCAUGGACGCCGAGCGCGAGCGUGUGGCCGACAUGCAGCGGCGGCAGCGGGAGCAGGAGCAGUUCAGCGCCUUCGAGGAGAUGAUCCGCCGCCAGGAGCUGGAGAAAGAACGCCAGCGGGUGCUGCUGGAGUUCGCCACGCCGGCCGUGCCCGCUCCUGACACGCCCCUCAUUCCAGGCAUCCAGGGCCCCCCGCUGGUCUCUCCCACCGCGCCGCAGAGUCCGGGAGACCUUUCGGGAAACUACCGGCAACCCGUGACCACCGGCACGCCGGGCCCGCCCACCUUCGACCGCUCGCUCAAGCCGGGCUCUCUGGUCAGCCCCGAGAACAACAACUCCAUGGUGGACGCGCUUCGGCAGCUGGCCGUUCCUGCCGAGGUCUGCCGCAGCUUCCUGAGGUUAGCCGAGGCUAACACCAGCCGCGCCGUGGAAACCUGCGGCAUCCUCUGUGGGAAACUGACCAGAAACGCGUUCACGGUGACUCACGUCAUCGUCCCGAAGCAGUGCGGCGGGCCGGACUACUGCGACACGGAAAACGAGGAGGAGCUCUUCCUCAUCCAGGACCAGUACGACCUCAUCACGCUGGGCUGGAUCCACACCCACCCCACACAGACGGCCUUCCUGUCCAGCGUGGACCUCCACACCCACUGCUCCUACCAGAUCAUGCUGCCGGAGGCCAUCGCCAUCGUCUGCUCGCCAAAGUUCAACGAGAUCGGUUACUUCAGGCUGACGGACCGCGGAACCGACGAGAUCUCCACGUGUAAACAGAAAGGCUUCCACCCCCACAGCAAAGACCCGCCUCUUUUCACGCACGCCGCUCACGUCACCAUCACCUCGGACAGCGUGUCUGUGAUGGAUCUGCGCUGACCCGCCCGCUCCGACUCGGACUCUUUUAUGAACGUACGGACGUUGGGGGACGGACGGACGCGAGCGGGAGCGGCUGAUCCCUGCGAGCAGAAACCCACAACAUGCACUUUCCCAGCAGCGCCCCCUCCCUCCCUCCCCAUCGUUUCUGUUUUUAACCGUGACGGCUAACACCGAUGAACCACUCGUGGUUCUGAGGGACAGACGAAGUGCCAAGGCCGGGACCCCCCCCUUUAAUUUGCAGUUGUUUGUGUUAAAGCGGCGCUAACUCAGGUGGGCUUCACACCACAUCACUCCGGAGAGUCGUUGACCAACAGAGUUUAGGCUGAAAAUGAACCCUGGUUAAAGCCGGGACACGCCCCUCCCCCACCUGUGUGGGUUUGGGGGGGGCAGCUAUACCUGUUUCAGAGGACAUUUGAGCGAUUAGCCAUAAUUAUCAAUAAAAUGCCUACAAACGAGGGCGUGUGAA